CGACAGCCCGAUCACCCAUACACGGUAAACCAGAAGUUAACCAGCUUGGGACUAACUUUCCGUAGGACCCUUGAAGCAUGACUGGAGGCAGUAAGACCAUGCCGCGUGACACAUAGACAACAUCUUACCAAACGCUACCAUAAAUUACGGCGUCAUGGCCGCUGCAGCAAUCCCCGAAAUUUUUGAGCAUAUUUGUGAUGUAAGGAGCUUUGAUGCAUCGGACAUAAGGAAGCUAUGGGCAGCUCUCCGCAAGGAGCCCGCUGUGGAGGGCGCGAAGUUGGCAAACUGCCUCUUAUGUUACAUAAUCGGACCCGAGAAAACCGAGAGCGACAAGAUCAUACCACAUUUCGUUAAGGAAUGGGCAGGGCAAGCGCCGGUGGAUGCGGCAAGCAAGGAGUGGGCUGAGCAAGUAAUUGAAAGCCUUCUCUUCAAGCUUGCGGACUGGAUUUCAAUCGGCGCCAAGCACAGCCGCGUUCGUGUGGUGAACCUCAUCGUCCAAACCUUGCGCGGGGUGCCGAGCCAUCUGGACCUGAGCACGGAAGAGCUGGACUAUGUGACUGAGAAGUUGCGCGAGCACUUGCCUGACAAGGAUGACAAAGUCCGAGAACUGGUGGUCAUAGCGCUCACAAAACUCGUGGUCGUCGAGGCGAGCAGCCCCGUGCGUGACAACGAGGUGAUGUCAGAGCUCUGGGAGGCCUUGUGUGUGGACCUCAGCACGGACGUACGCGCCGCGCUGGUUAAGAGGCUGCAGCUGGACGCCUCAUCCCUGCCAGCCCUGCUGCGGCACCGCAAUGACCGGGCGGCCAAGGUGGCGGCCCAGGUGUACGACAGGGUGGCAGCGGAUGUGGGCCUGAUGCAACCUGUACGGCAGGACGGUGUGGCGGCUAGCCUGCAGCAGCGAGUGGGGCUCCUGUGGUACGGGCUGCAUGAGCCGCGCCCCGAGGUGCGCAAGGCGGCGCGGGCGCUGCUCGCCAAGUGGUUUGCGGAGGACGCGGGCGGGGAUGUGGCUGUGCUUCUGGGGGCGCUGGGGCCGGCGGAGAACGCGGAGACGUGCCGACUGGUACUGGAGCAGCUGGCGGAGCUCAACCACUGGGACCCGCAGAGCUGGCUGCGGGGUGCUGCUGCCUGCGGCAAGACCCCGAGGGCACUGGCAGCCGCCGUCCUGCCUCAACAGCACCUGCAACAGGACCCUGAGCAGCAGCAGGGUGGCGCCGAUCUGAGUGACAUGCAGCAGGCAGCAGCAGCAACCGGAAGCAGCGGUGGAGGUGCAUUGCGGUUGGCUGGCGUGACCCCUGCUCUGGCCUUUGCCUGGGUGCAUGCGUGCCGCCGGGUGGAGGAGGUGGCACUGGGUUGCGGCAGGGCGGCGGCGGAGAGGGUGGCGGCGGUGGCGGCACAAGUGGAGGCUAGCGCAGGAGCGCAGGCGGAGGCGGUGCUGGACUCGUUCCUUCCGGGGGCACAGCAGAUGGCGGAGCUGUGCCUGCGGGCGGCUGAGGCAGGCCCCGCCCACCGCUACGUGGCAGCUCAGUUUCUGGAGCUGGCCUCGCUGUCUUGCAUGAACUGGGUGGACGCGUGCAGCCGAGCGACGGCGGCGCAGGUGCUGUGCGCCCUCAUCACGCGCAUCGCUAGACCUACCGAGCCCCACCUCGACGCCAGCGGUGCUCCCAGCAGCGGCCACCUGCCCCCGGUGUGCUGCGGCGGCAGCGGCGCCUGGGAGGGUGCGGUGCUGCGGUUCGCUGCCGCGGUGUUUGGCGGGGAGCAGCGGCUGGUAGAGGCGGUGCUGCCCUUGCUGCUGCGGCUGGCCCGGGAGGCGGGUGUGGCGGGGGAGCAGCCGGAGCGAGGCCCCGCCGCUCCCCUGCUGCAGGUGCUGACCUACCUGCACCUGCUCAUGUCGGCGGCGGGACCCGCGGUGCCGCCCUCGGCCCGCGUGGAGCUGCCGGCUGGAGCGCCAGGGGACGAGGCCCUGCAUGACGAUGGUGCUGCUGCAGGCGGCGACGCUGGUGCCAGCGGCAGCCAUGGCAGUGGCAGUAAUAGCCGUGAUGCUGGCAGCCGUAUUUGGGCGGUGGGCGGCGAGGGCGGCUGCGUUUCGCUGCUGCAGGUGGCGGACCGACUGGCCUGGAGCACCGCGGCGGGACACCCCUCGCCUGACGUGCGUGCCGCGGCGGUGCGCUGCCGCGUCGUCCUCUGCCUCCGCGACGGCGGUCUGGAGCAGCUCCCGCGUGCCAUCACCCUGCUCGCCCCCCUGCUGCCACUACCCGGCCUAGACCAGCCCGAACCCCAGCACCAGCAGUCCCCAGAGGAGCAGCAGCGGCAGCAGCUACCCCGGCGAGCGGCGCUGCAGGGCCUUAUAGACCUGGCGCUCACGUGGGGCGAGCCGAGCGUGUCGCGGGAGCUGGCGGCCGCGGUGGCGGCGGCGGCGCGGCGGCGGGGGGUGGAUGCGGUGACGGCGCAGCUGGCAGGGAUGGAC